CAAUACGGUGUCGUUUACUGAACCCCCUAAAGAUUUUCUUCUCUGCAGCUCUAGAUUUCCAUAUCAUUUUCAUGCAAAAGUUUUCCUCUCUCCUUCUCUCUCGUUUUCUAUCUAUAAAUAUGCACACCUACCGGCAUCUCUCUUUCAUCUCCGAUCACCACAACCACAACCACCGCCACCGCUUCUCCUUCUCCUUUCCUUCCUUUCUUUCUUUCUUGAUCAAGAAAGCAACCAAAAAGAAAGAAAAAAAGACAAAAAUGGCAGAGAAUUAUGCAUUUCCAGCUUAUUUCAUAGUCAUAUUAUUUAUAACCCGUUUAGUGUCUACAGUAGGAAAGGUAAAGCCCUUGACAACUUUGCUACCACCUAAACUCCUGACCCUUGAUUUUGCAGAACGAAUCCACACCGACCCUUCCUCCAUUAAAUCAGCCUCUAGCGAUUACGGUAACCUUGUUCAUAAAAAACCAGCAGCAGUUCUUUAUCCAUCUUCUGUACAAGACAUUGUUAGUCUAAUAAACUUUGCCUACAAUUAUUCUGCUCCUUUAACUGUAUCUGCCAGAGGCCGCAGCCACUCUAUCAAUGGACAGGCUAUGGCUCCUGAUGGGGUAGUAGUAGAUAUGAUGCAUUUAAGAAGUAUCAUAGAAAAGACUAAUGGGGGAGUUACAGUCUCGAAAGACCCUUUAUUGGGUUUUUAUGCAGAUGUUGGAGGUGAGCAACUAUGGAUUGAUGUGUUAAAUGCUACUAUUGAACAUGGUCUUGCACCAGUUUCAUGGACAGAUUAUCUGUAUCUCACCGUUGGAGGAACACUAUCGAAUGCUGGAAUUAGUGGACAAAGUUUUCGAUACGGUCCUCAGAUCAGCAACGUUUAUGAAAUGGAUGUUGUCACAGGAAGAGGGGAGCUUGUGACUUGCUCUGGGCACAGGAAUUCUGAUCUAUUUUAUGCUGUUCUUGGAGGCUUGGGACAGUUUGGGAUUAUAACCAGAGCUAGAAUAGCUUUAGAGCCAGCACCAAAGAAGGUUAAAUGGGUACGGAUGCUUUACAGUGAUUUCUCCGAAUUCACCAAAGACCAAGAAUGUUUAAUCUCAAUCAAUGGAAGGAAACAAAGCAAUGCACUGGAUUAUGUGGAAGGUUCACUUCUUAUGAACCAAGGUCCUCCAAAUAAUUGGAGAUCCUCCUUUUUCCCUUCUUCUGAUAUUCCCAGAAUAAUGUCCCUAGUAACCCAACAUGGCAUCAUCUACUGUCUAGAAGUAGCCAAGUAUUAUGAUGAUGCCACCCAACAUUCUAUGUCGAUGGAACUUCAACUAAUGUUCAAAGGGUUAAGCUUCGCCGACGGAUUUAUGUUUGAGAAAGAUGUGCCUUAUGUUGAUUUUUUAGAUAGAGUAAGAAGUGGAGAGAUAAAGCUUCAAUCACAAGGACUUUGGGACGUUCCUCAUCCAUGGCUAAAUCUAUUUUUGCCAAAAUCUAGUAUCUCUGACUUCAAUUCAGGUGUUUUCCGGGACAUUGUACUUAAACGAAAUGUUACUACAGGACCCGUCCUUGUUUACCCCAUGAACAGAAACAAAUGGGAUGAUCGUACUUCAGCAGUGAUACCAGAUGAGGAUGUUUUCUACACUGUAGGAUUCUUGCAUUCAAGUGGGUUUGAUGACUGGCAGACAUAUGAUGAUCAGAAUAAAGAUUUGUUAAACUACUGUGAUAAAGCUGGGAUUAAAGUUAAGCAGUAUUUUCCCCAUUACACAACUAAAGAAGAAUGGACCGACCAUUUUGGAUCCAAAUGGAGAACUUUCGUAGAGAGGAAAGCUAAAUUUGAUCCAAAAAGGAUGCUGUCGCCAGGCCAGAGAAUUUUCAAUUGACAUUCUAAUUACUGGCUUAGUCAGUUAGUUCUUGUAUUUCAUAAUUAUUAUUAUUAAUUUUUUUUUUUUUUGGGGGGGGGGGGGGAGGUAAUUAAUGUUAGCGAGAGGCUAGAGGAGCAAAUACAGAACUGUUACUAGAAGUUGGCAGGAAUUACCAUAGUACUGAAGGAAUCCCCAAAUUAGAAAGUUAUUUUGAAGCUAUUUCUCAAGGAUUCGCCUGUAAAUAUAAACAAGAUUUUAUUUUUCCAA